UUGCUUUUUUAGGAAAAAAGAUAACUAAAUGGCUACGUUAUGGUAUAUUGAUAUGCAUAGAAUAAUUAGGAUUCAUGAAAAUGAAGAAUAAAAUCUGGAAAGACUGAAAUUAUACAGAAAUAAAAAACCAGAAAACACAAAAUAAAACUAUGUUAAAAAAAUUAGAAAUUUGGUGUAACCUCUCCAAGUUCUGGGCCGCAACUGGCAACAUGGCUAAAUGCACCAAGAAGGUCGGAAUUAUUGGUAAAUAUGGAACGCGUUAUGAUGCACCCCUCAGAAAAAUGGUGAAGAAAAUCAAAAUUAGCCAGCAUGCCAAGUAUACCUGCUCCUUCUGUGGCAAGACCAAAAUGAAGAGACGGGCUGUGAGUAUCUGGCAUUGUGGAUCCUGUAUGAAAACAGUAGCUGGUAGUGCAUGGACCUACAAUACCACCUCUGCAGUUACAGUCAAAUCUACCAUCAGAAGACUGAAGGAAUUGAAAGACCAGUAA